UCUUCUUUUUUCUUUUGAAAGGAAACGAGGGAGUGGGCAUUGGGAAAGAGGGAGAAAACGCAGGGGAGCUCGUCUGUUCGUUGAGGCACAGUUCACUAUGAUCUUACUCACAUUCAGCACUGGAAAAAGGUUGGAUUUCGUGCAUCGUUCGGGGGUGUUUUUCUUGCAAUCCUUGCUUUGGAUUUUAUGUGCUACGGUCUGCGGAACGGAGCAGUAUUUCAAUGUGGAGGUUUGGUUACAAAAAUACGGCUACCUUCCACCUACUGAUCCCAGGAUGUCAGUGCUACGCUCUGCAGAGACCAUGCAGUCAGCCCUAGCUGCCAUGCAACAGUUCUAUGGCAUUAACAUGACAGGAAAAGUGGACAGAAACACAAUCGACUGGAUGAAGAGGCCUCGAUGUGGGGUACCAGACCAGACAAGAGGCAGCUCCAAAUUCAACAUCCGUCGAAAGCGCUACGCAUUAACUGGACAGAAGUGGCAACACAAACACAUCACCUACAGUAUAAAGAACGUAACACCAAAAGUUGGCGACCCUGAGACCCGGAGAGCAAUUCGCCGUGCCUUUGAUGUGUGGCAGAAUGUAACUCCACUAACGUUUGAAGAAGUUCCCUACAGUGAACUAGAAAACGGCAAACGUGAUGUGGAUAUAACCAUCAUUUUUGCAUCCGGUUUUCAUGGAGACAGUUCCCCCUUUGAUGGGGAGGGAGGAUUUUUGGCACAUGCCUAUUUCCCUGGACCAGGAAUUGGAGGAGAUACUCAUUUUGAUUCUGAUGAGCCAUGGACACUGGGAAAUCCCAAUCAUGAUGGAAAUGAUUUAUUCCUCGUAGCAGUUCAUGAGCUGGGACAUGCUCUCGGGCUGGAGCAUUCCAAUGACCCCACCGCUAUCAUGGCUCCCUUUUACCAGUACAUGGAAACAGACAACUUCAAGCUUCCUAAUGACGAUCUACAGGGCAUCCAGAAGAUAUAUGGUCCACCUGACAAGAUCCCUCCACCAACAAGACCUCUACCGACAGUGCCCCCUCACCGAUCUGUUCCUCCAGCUGACCCAAGGAGAAACGACAGGCCCAAACCUCCUCGGCCUCCCACUGGCAGACCUGCUUAUCCAGGAGCCAAACCCAACAUCUGUGAUGGGAACUUCAACACUCUAGCUAUUCUUCGACGGGAGAUGUUUGUUUUCAAGGACCAAUGGUUCUGGCGGGUGAGAAACAACAGGGUGAUGGAUGGAUACCCCAUGCAAAUUACUUACUUCUGGAGGGGCUUGCCUCCCAGUAUCGAUGCAGUUUAUGAGAACAGUGAUGGAAAUUUCGUCUUUUUUAAAGGUAAUAAAUACUGGGUGUUCAAGGACACAACUCUUCAACCCGGUUACCCUCAUGACUUGAUUACUCUUGGGAAUGGAAUUCCUCCUCACGGUAUUGACUCUGCUAUAUGGUGGGAAGAUGUUGGCAAAACCUAUUUCUUCAAAGGUGACAGGUAUUGGAGAUAUAGUGAAGAAAUGAAAACCAUGGACCCUGGCUACCCCAAGCCCAUCACCAUCUGGAAGGGUAUCCCUGAAUCACCACAGGGAGCUUUUGUCCACAAAGAAAAUGGCUUUACCUAUUUCUACAAAGGAAAGGAGUAUUGGAAAUUCAAUAACCAGAUACUCAAAGUAGAACCUGGGUAUCCAAGAUCCAUCCUCAAGGAUUUUAUGGGUUGUGAUGGACCAACAGACCGAGAUAAAGAAGGACUCAGCCCACCAGAUGAUGUAGACAUUGUCAUCAAACUGGACAACACAGCCAGCACUGUGAAAGCCAUAGCUAUUGUCAUUCCCUGCAUCUUGGCCUUAUGCCUCCUUGUAUUGGUUUACACCGUGUUCCAGUUCAAGAGGAAAGGAACGCCCCGCCACAUACUGUACUGUAAACGCUCUAUGCAAGAGUGGGUGUGAUGUAGGGAUUUAUUAUUUUUCUUUCUUUCCCAGGAGUUUGCGGUAACUUGAGAUUCAAGACAAGAGCUGUUAGGCUGUUUCCUCGCUAGGAGCAGGCUGUGGCAGCCUGAUACAGGGCUGACCUUCCAAACCCAGAGGGUUGCUGGUCCUGCACAUGAGUGGAAAUACAUUCAUGGAGAAGCUUCCAUGAUGCACAGUAUCUGCUGUUCUUCAGUCCUCUGUCUUUCUUUGUCAUUCAGUUCUAGGCCUUUCCUCUGCACGCUCAAUGCCCAGUAAAAUUUCAGGAUUAACUGAAGAAGAGGAAAUAUAGAAGAAAAGUUUCUUAAUUUUUUUUUAAUACUUUUCCUUCUGAAAUCUGAGCCCAUUUCUGGGAAAGAGAAAGAGAGAGAAAAAGAGAAAGAAAACAAAAAGAGCCAAUCAGAAAACCCAUAAGUUUUUUCUUUAAGGCAAAAGAAAAAAAAAAGAAUUGUUUGUUUGUUUUUGUUUUUAAACAACAAAAUCCACAACUGAACUUUCAGGAAAGUGUGAAGACCCAAAACAGCUUUGUCUCCAAAGAAGAUAGCUCUGUGAUCACUACGGAUAGUCUCCUGCGCACCGUUCUGUCAGGCGGAAGGUCUGGAACAUACAUGCAGGACUCUAGACUGUUGGGACAGCCAUUUUCCAACAAACAAGGGGCCAAAAUAUCUGCAAUAUAGUAACAGCCUUAAUAAUACAUGCAUUUUUCGUUUUCUACAGCUGUUCUCAGCUAUGUCCACAAUGUAUCAUCACUUCCAUCCUCAUAGCUGUAUUCAGACAGGACCUUUUGAUUGUUUUGAAAUGCUUCUGAACCCCCUCUUGCCUAUUGACCCAGCAUCAUUGUCAUGUUCUUCCCAGUUGUGUUAGGCCUUUGUCCCAGGCCUUCCAUCGGUCUGUCAGCAAUACUCAGCGCAAAGUAGAGCAAGAAGCAGUGUGUCUCUGACAUAAUGAGAGUGAUGGUUAUUUUAUAAACAUGUAUGACUCUGUUGUUACAGCAGUGUAACCCUUUGAGAACUAUCAGAACAGCUUACAGAGUCAGGGUGAUUAGUCUUGCAAUCUGGUCAUUUGUAGAACUGGACAAUAGUGAAAGCCAUCACAGGUUUGAGAAGUUCAGAUUUGUAAAGCAUACCUUACAAUCCCAUGUAAUUCUUUAAUGACUGACAGU